AUGGCGGACCGACAGGCAGUUCAGCAUAACCUGAACAGCUUACUCCUCAAGCUGGAUGACCCCGACCCGGACAUGAGAUACAUGUCCCUCAACGAUCUUCUUGGCGUUUUAAACAGUCCUAACUCCACAUAUCUGGCUCAUGACCAGUUCUCCGCCUCAAAGCUGGCCGAAGGUCUCCUCAAGGCGUUAGAUGAUCAACACGGUGACGUCCAGAACCAGGCUCUCAAAUGCCUUGGUCCCCUCGUUCACCGACUGCCAUUUGAGAGUCUCGCCUCUCUUCUGGAGAAACUCACCAACCUGACAGCUUCCCAGACCAUCGAUACAUCCGUCCCCAACACCGCUCUACGAUAUAUCGUCACUGCUCUUCCUCGUCCUCAGGCCGGACAACAACCCAGUCUAGAUGCUACAUCGGCUUACUCAGCGGUGUCUCGCGUGCUCAUACCUCGGCUGACUGGCCCAGUACAAUCUCCCUCCAGCAGACGAGGCUCGGUUGUCAAGGGAAUGCUCGAGAAGGAUCCAUCCAAGGGUUUCAGCAGUGACGCGAUUGAUGUGUUGAUUCAGGUCAUCAAUUGCUUUGGACCGCUCCUGAAGGAGGCGGAGUUGACUGCUCUGAAAGAUUCCGUCAUGUCCAUCGUCGACAACGACACGGCUGGUACCGUGGUAACGAAGCGCGCGCUGGCCGCCAUCUCGGCUUUGGUCCUUCAUUUCUCCGAUAAUCAGCUCAACCUCUUUGUAAAGGAACUGACGCAAAAGUUCAACUCUCAGCCUACCACCGUUCACCAACGCCACCUCGUCGCCACGGUGGGUAGUAUAGCGAAGAGUGCCCCUGCCAAGUUCGGCCCCUACCUCCCGACGCUUGCUCCAUUCGUGUUCUCGGCCCUGGGGGAGGAUGCAGUGGCACCAGCAACGACAGUAUCACAGGGCAAAACGAGGUAUAGGAUGCCUCCUCCAGCGUUACUGCCUCCUAGUCAUUAUUGGGACAAGCUGGUCGCUUCCUGCCUUGCAAAGUCAACAACCGCAGCUUCCUUCUGUGUUGUCGGUCAACGCGAUCAAAACAUCUCUGCCACUUUUCCUCUCGACUUUUCCUCCAUCCUCCCUCAAACAUCUUAUCUUCCGCAUCAGACUCUUACCGUGUUUACCUUCGGCGCGAUGCGUAUGCUCAAUUGGGCUCUCUCCGUUUAUGGUCUUGCAGCGUGCACGACGGCGCGGAACAUCAUCACCCUGCAGUCGAACCAUCAUUUGUCCCCGAUUCUCCCUCGGCCCCAAGAUGAUGUUAGCAUCCAGACACUUUCCGUCCGUGCGACUGGAAAGCGUUGUGGCUCCGGAGUUGGGAAGUGUCCAGAGAAACUCUGCUGCUCUACUGCUGGCUACUGUGGGGAUACUAAGGACCACUGCGCCUCUCCGGACUGUCAGAUCGACUACGGCUAUUGUGACGCACAUAUGACCCCCGGUGGAUCCUCUACCGAAGACAUUCCCCGGCCUCUUGAUGGAGUUGCUCUCUAUGGACCCCAUAUCAUCCGAUCCUGUACGGUCCCGGGUACCGUCGCUCUGACCUACGAUGAUGGACCUAAGGAGUUCACAAAGGAUCUGCUUGACCUUCUCGAUCGGUACGAAGCAAAGGCUACUUUCUUCAUUACCGGCAACAACAACGCCAAAGGCCAGAUUGACAGCCCCGGGAUGCCAUGGGCGUCUUUGAUCCAGCGUAUGCAUGCUAGUGGCCAUCAGAUCGCGAGUCACACCUGGUCUCACCAAGACCUCAGCAAGAUCUCACGGGACCAGCGUCGCAUCCAGUUGCUGUGGAAUGAAGCCGCCCUGCGGAACAUUCUAGGGUUUUUCCCCACAUACAUGCGACCUCCAUACUCCAGCUGCACGGCCGAGUCCGGCUGCUUGGAGGAUAUGGGAGAGCUUGGCUACCAUAUUAUUUUAUACGAUAUCGACACGGAGGACUACAAGCACGACAGCCCGACCGAGAUUCAACGCUCCAAGGACAUCUUCGACAGUAGUCUGGAUGCCCGAACUGCCUUUGACCGGCCCUGGCUUGUGAUUGCUCACGAUGUCCAUGAACAGACUGUCCAUAAUCUCACAGAGCACAUGCUGAAGAAGCUCAUCGCUGAGGGCUUCCGACCAGUGACAGUGGGCGAGUGUCUGGGUGAUCCUCCCAAGUAUUGGUACCGCGAGGACAAUACCGUCGAUGGCCGCAACUCGAGGAAGAAUGUCUUCAAGGUCCCUUCGAGGAUAGUCUCAUUCGAUGGGAUGUGUGGCGGCAAUGUCACAUGCGAUGGAUCCCGCUUUGGACCUUGCUGCAGUGGGACCGGAUUCUGUGGCAAUUUGACCACAUUCUGCGGUGAGGGUUGUCAGUCCGACAACGGCAUUUGUGACAGCAAGACGAAUGUCGCCGUGGCUGUAGAGGACCACACGGACUUCAAAGCCACCGGUAAAGCUAUGUCGAAGGACAAGCCCGCCAAGUCGGAUGCGAGCUAUAUGGUGCCUUUGAUUCUUCCCGUUGAGUUUGCGGUAUUGUCUUUGCUUGCUGUGUUGAUUGGGUAGUCUGGACCCGAGACCGGUCAGGGCAAUGUUGUUCUUGUUCACCAUCAAGAUGCUGGGUGCAGUGUUCACCGUUAUGUUUGUGAGUCGUGCAUGGUUUAUCGGCU